AUGGCGGCGCCACAGGCUGCGGCACACGAACGAGCCUCUCCCGGAGCCGCCUCGGCCGCCGGCAGCCCCCGCGCCCCGCUCCGCCGGAACCGAGCGCUCGGCUGCGGCGGCGCCGCGCGGCACCCUGGGACAGCUGGCGCGGCGGGGGCGCAGUGCACGCUGGGAGCUGUAGUCGCCGGAAGUGCCUUUUGGCCCCACCCCCGCGGGACGGUUCCCGCUCGCUCCCUGCUGCCCGAGCGGCGGCUCCCGGCGGCGGCGGCGGCUCCGGGCGGCAUGGGGCAGAAGCGGCUCGGGCCGGCGGGAGCCCGGCGGGGGGCAGGCAGCGGCGAGGCGCCCGCGUCCACCAGCCUGCCGCCGCUGGUGGCGGGUCCGGUGCGCUGCUGGCUGCGCUGCACCGUGCCCAGGGUGCUGUGGAGCGUGCCCCGGGCGCCCGCCGCCGUGCUGGUGCGGCUGCGCUGGUGGGGGGAGACCUCGGACGGGACCGUGUUCCAGCCUGCCGCCCGGCCGGGACAGGCGGCGGGGAGGACCCGCGCCCGCUACGCCGUGCGCUGCGGGGCCAGGCAGUUCGCCGCCUACCUGACAGACAUGGCCGUGCUGGUGCUGGAGGUGAUGACCAGAGCUGGGCAGCUUCCCGUGGGCAGAGUGCAGGUCCCUGGGCUGUGCCAGCUCUCUGCCAGCAACCCCAUCAGUGCCUGCUUCUCCAUUGUGUCCCCAACCUCGGAGACCCUGGGACAGCUGCAGGUCUCCCUGGCCCUGGAGCCUCUGCCAGAGCUGUAUGACGCCAGCAGCUCCAUCCCUACGGAUGCCAGCUUGGAUCCUCCUCCUGCUCAGGGAAGCAGCAAGCUCCAGCUUCUGGCUCCAUCCCAGCAGCCCUGGCAGCCAGCAGGGCACCCUGGUAACCAAGGCUUUGGUGACAGCAGCACAGCCACCAGCCCCAGGAGGAGAAAAGAGCCUCUGCUCCUGGAGGGCAGCUCUGGAAGCAUCAAGGAGCCUUUUGCUGCCUCUCCUCACCACCAGCAUCCCCCGGAGGAGCCUUUGCAGGGGCAGCCCAGGGAGCAGCAGGUCUCAUUUUCCACCAGCACUGAGCAGGAAUCACCUCCCAGAGCCAGCGAGAGGCUGCUCUCCUUGCAGGGCCCAGCGGCCAAGGACCUGCUCUCAGCUCUGGUGGAGCAGGGCAGGAGGCUGCGUGAUGCCAUGGUGCUCUCUGCCCUGAGCUCCAGCCCAGACCUGCAGCUCCAGCAGCUGCCUCCUGGCCUCGAGGGAGAAGCUUUCAGAGCCUCAGCCAGGAGCCCCAAAAGCUUCUCCUCCAGCCUGCUGCCUGCUGCCGAUGCUGCCAACCUCUUCCCAUCUCAGCUCCCAGCUCCCCAGCCUGACCUGAGCUCUGAGGACAGAGCCAUUGAGUUGCUCCUGGGCAGCUCUGAUCUGUCUCCUGUGCACUUCUGGGGCCAGCCUAGUUCCCUGCUGGAGUCUCUGUCUCUGGGCAGUGAGGUGUAUGAGAGUGAACUCAACGACCCCCACUACGACCAGAGCCUGCUGGAGAGCCUCUUCUACUCAGCUCCUUCUGACUCCAGCCUCAGUGACUUCCUCAGCGAGGAGGAUGAGAACUGCCCCAAGAAGGGGAGCAGGAGGGAAGGGCUCCAGAGAGCUGAGCCUGCCCUGCCCCAGGAGCACUCUGAGCAGCAGCAGCAGGUGGCAGAAGUUCAGUCCAGCACCUCUGUUCCUGCAGAGGACCAGGCAGGAGCAGCUCCUGGGGGCUCCCUGGGGGCAGAGAGGUUGGCAGCGCUGAGAGGAGCUCACCUGGCCAGAGUCAGCGUCCAGAGCCUGCAGAUCCCUGCCCGCAGCUGCCAGAGGGCCCCGGGGCAGGGAGGGAAACCUCCACGGGCUGCAGCCCUCAGCAAGAGCACCUUCUUUGUGGAGUUCCACUUCCCUGUGGGAGCCUCCAGGGAUGGCAGGGGAGAGGUCUCCCUGAGCACAGAGGUGGUUCGAGUGGCCUCCAGGGAGGUCACAGCGGAUGAGGUGAAGUUCCAGCAGAGGUUUGUCCUCCCUGUUCGCUUUGGGGGGGCCCUGAUCGAUCACUGGUGGAGCUCUGAGCUUGCCUUCGAGGUCUGCAUGAGGAGGAGCAGCCAGAAGAAGGCGGCGGCCGUGGGCAGCGCUGCGCUCCCCCUGCGCCGGCUGCUGCAGUCCGAGCGGCUCAGCCUCCGCACCGAGCUGCCUGUGCGGGGCCGAGAGGGGCAGCCCCGGGUCGGGCCGCUGCAGGUGUCCUUGGAGCUGGCAGCUGACAGCAGAGACCUCACCCCCAGCCCUGCCAGCUGCCCUGCUCCUGCCCAGCCGCUCCCAGCUCAUGCCACACCAAGUCCUCAGCUGGAAUUGCAGGGCCCCGAGGGGAAGAGUGGCCCUGGAGGAAGGCAUCCCUGCCUGAACCCCCCCACCACUGAGGCCUGCCAGGAGCCAGCAGCAGGCAGCAGGAGCCAGCAGGCAGCCCAGGAGGUGCUGGCACAGCCCAGCAGGGCUGAAGAGGAGGAGGAGGAGGAGGCUUUGCUCCUGCACUUGCUGCUGCUGGUGCCCCAUGGCAGGGACUUCGUGGGCCAAGGCUCAGGGCCCCACAGCUCCUGCAACGUCUACCUCAGCUGCAGGCUGCUCAGCUCGGGGCAGGCCUCCAGGUCAGCUGUGGCGUGGGGCAGCACUCAGCCUGCCUUCAGCUUCUGCCAGGUGAUGCCUUUCUCCUUGACUUCCAGGCUCUUGGAGAGGCUGAAGAACAAUGUCCUGGUCCUGGAAGCCUGGAACAAGCUGGGAAGUCCCAACAGUGACAGGCUGCUGGGGCUGGUGAAGCUUCCCCUGCACCAGUUCUACAUCUCCUUCAAAGACCCAAAGGUUGCCCAGCUGCUGCUCCAGGCUCAGUACCCAGUGGUGGCUGUGGACAGCUACAUGCCCGUGGUGGAUGUCUUCACUGGCAGCAGGAGUGGCAGCCUGAAGGUGCUGCUGGCCAUGGGCUCAGCUCAGCAAAUCCUGGCCCUGCAGAGGCUCAAAGCUGAAGAAGGAAACGUCCCUGCAGUGCCACAGUGCUCAAACCACAGCCUGCAGCCUGCUCCCCUGGAGCCCAGCAUGUCAGAGGCAGCAGGGGAAGGAGUGAUGCUGGAGCACCUCUUUGAGAUCCACGUGGAGAGCAUGAAAGGCCUCAGUGCCCUGCAGAGCACAGUCUGGGGAGAGGCUGACUGCUAUGUCCAGUACCACUUCCCAGUCCAAGGACCUGUUCCUGGGCCACUGCAAGGAGCUGAAUGGCCUGAGGAUGGCGUCCAGCUGAAGCCAUUCUGCACUGCCACCACCCUCUGUGUCCCUGACCCCAUCUUCCACGCUGAGCAUCACCAUUCCUUCCUGCUUCCUGCUGCUGUUCCAGUCCAGAAGCUCCUGGUCACUGCCUUUAUGGCACCAGGAGGGGCUGGAGGAGGAAUCCAGUUUGAAGUUUGGUGCAGGUAUUACUACCCAGAGCUCAGGGAGCAGCUGGUGGCCAGAGGGAGCCUGCCCCUGUCCCGGCUCUGCGCCAUGGUCACCAAGCAGCACCGGGAGGACGUUGGGAUGCAAACCUUCAGCCUGCCACUGCUGCCCAGCACUGAGGCCUCAGAGGGCUUCCAUCUCAGGCCUUCAGGCUUGCUUGACGUGAGUGUGAGGUACCAAAGAUGCAGGAGAGGAGGAGCAGGAACAUCUCGAGGUCAAGCUGUGGUCCUCUGUGUGCAGAUCCACAGAGCUGCUGGGCUGCAGGCAGCAGCCAGGGCUGUGUGCCAGCAGGGGGCUGCAGUGCAGGGGCUGGCAGAGGCUGGGCUCAGUGCCUACGUCUGCGUGCAGCUGCCCUUCCUGCCCGGCGCGGGCAGGCGCCGCACCCCGGCCGUGCCUGGCACCUUCUGCCCCCAGUUCGGGCACCUCCUGCGCUUCCCCUGCCGCCUGGUCAGCCUCGGGCGCGGGGGAGAAGCUGCGUCCCUGGGGGAGCUCCUGCACUCGGCCAGCAUCACCUUCUGCCUGUACCACCAGGGCAGCCCGGCAGCCCCUGAGGCAGCAAGAGAUUACCUCCUGGGGACAGUGGCAGUGCCAACCAGGGACCUGCUGAGGCGAAGCUCAGGUAUUUCAGGCUGGUUCCCCCUGGCCCUCCCUGAGGAUGUGAUGCCCUCCAGCCUGGUGCAGGCCAUCGUGGGAGGCCUGGAGGUCUCUGUCACCUUUGCUCACCCGGGGGACCGCGGCCGCGUCCUGGAGGCUGCCAGGCUGCUGGGCUGGAGCCAGGAAAGCCUUGAAGAGCCCAUGGGAGACAGUGAGGAGUGGGAGCAGAGUGCCCAGCCCGUGGUGCUCACCAUCUCGACCCCCAGGCUGUGGCUGCCAGUCCACUGUGUGCUGCUGGCAGGCCAGAAGAGCCUGGAUCCAGACUCCUGUUGCUACCUCAGGUACAAGCUCUACGACCAGGCAGCCACUUGGACAUCUCCUGAGAGGCCCAGGAGGAGUAAGGACACUGAGAAGGUGACAGUGAGCUUCAAGAAGCCCAAGAAGGUGACCCUGAGGAGGAGCCCAGGACUGCUUUGGUUCUUGAGAGAGGAGAAAUUGGAGAUCCAGGUGUGGUGGUCCUGGGGGAGAGGAGGAGGUGGGGAGAGGCCUCUGGGCACCGAUCGCCUGCUGGGCUCAGCCUACGUUGACCUCUCGACGCUGGCAGGGAGGUCCUGGACAGCACAGAGUGUCAGUGGGCUCUACCCCUUGUUCCGGAGCGACGCCGCAGACCUGGCAGGGGCUGCCCUGCGCGUCCACGUCCUGCUGGCUGCCCCCUCUGCCCCCCUGCCCGCCAGGGCUCGCCAGCAGCUGCAGGACAGCAGCAGUGGAGAUGAGGGAACAGAGGAAGGCCCUGGGGGGAUCCAGCAGGAGGUCUCUGAAGGCGAAAGGAGCCUCAGGAGCUCCCAGCUCGGCGGCAGCAAAGCGCCAGGAGGGGAUUUGGGCUUCCCGGAGAGCAGCUUCGCGGCCAGCGUCCUGGUGGAGAGAGCAAUGCACCUCAGCCUGGCAGGGACCCCUCUGACCCGGCGUGAGGUGGCAGCCCCCAGCAGCUGUGUGUCCUUCCCCGUGGCUGAUGCUGCUGCUCCCCUCAGCAGCACCCCAGUGGUAGCCAACACAGACUGCCCCUUCUGGGGCUUCCAGCAGCAAGCCAGGCUGCCCAAAGAGCUGCUGCUGGACCCUCAGCAGACCUUGGUCUUCAAAGUGUGGCAUAAAGCAGAGUCCGAGCGGGUGAUAGGCUUUGCCUCUGUGGACCUCUCUCCUCUCCUCUCUGGCUUCCAGCUGGUCUGUGGCUGGUACAACAUCCUGGACUUCGGGGGGCAGUGCAGAGGACAGCUCAAGGUUGCUGUGUCCCCUCUGCAGGACAUCACCCACCUGAAGGGAGAGAGGCAGGCAAGGAUCCGGCCCCAGACCGCUCUGGUGAGGAGCAGCUUCCCACUGCUCCCCAGGCCUGCUCCCAGCUCCUCCAAGCAGAUGGGGACCACCUUGGCCAGGGAGGUCUCUGCUCCUACUCCAGAGUGGCAGGGGAGUCCUGCUGGGCCCCGCAGGCACCAGGAGCACCUCCACCGCGUCCGCAGCUUCCACCAGGGCCUGCGGCAAGCAGCAGGCAGUGCCCGCGGGGCAGCCAGGGUGGGUGACUCCUCCUCAUCACCAUCAUCAUCAUCACGGGCUGCCCUUCUCACGGCCCUCAGACAGAACCUGAGUGAGCUGGAUGAGGUUCAGAGGUACUUGAGGCAGAAGCUCAGCAGGUCUCUGCCUGACUUCACAUCCAGGCCACAGUGUGAGGAGCAGAGCAGUGAUCAGCAGGGCCUGGGGAGCAAAGCAGCAGAUCCCAAAGGAUCCCAUCUGGUGGAAGGGUCCAGCCAGCUGCUGUGCCAGGCCAGCAGCCUCAGCAGGGACCUGCAGAGCAUCACCCACAGCAGCCAGGAGCCUCCUGCUGGGCAUCAGGGCAGCGGCAGGCCCCUGGGUGCCACCCAUCUGCCCAGGCAGGAGGCUGAAGACGCUGGAGCUGAGCUGCCUGCAGGUGGGCUGGAGGUGGCCACAGGCAGCCCUGGCAGCCACAGCCCACAGCCCCCCUGCUCUGGAGGCUCUGUGUUUGAGAGACACAUGCUGCAGGGACUGCUGGAGCAAGCUGUCCCUGGAGAGGAGGGCUCUGGCCAAGAGGAUGAAGGCCUUUCUGCUGCCCAGCCCCCCAGUGAGGAGGAGUAUGAGGAGGACAUCAUAGAGCCAAGAGCCCUGAACGAGGUCAGCCCCGUGACAGACAGGAGCAGCCCCUGGUCCAGCCUGCUCUCUGAACUGGAGCCAGCUGCUGAGCACCCCCUGGGGCCUGCAGGUCAACCCUCAGCAGCUGGAGAUGGUUGCCAAAGAGGGAGCAGCAGGAGGACCUUUGCCAGCCUGCCCCAAGGGGCCCCCCAAAGCCUGCUCCCCAGCCUUGGCCUGCAGGCAGGGCAGAGCAGUCCCUGGCUGGUGGCAGAAAGCUGCCAGAGCUGCAGCAGUGCUGCUGAGGGGGCAGAGGAGGAGCUGCUGCUGCCUGCUCCUUGCUCACAGCUGCGUCCAAGAGCUGCUGCUGCUCCAGAGGGUGGGAGCUGUCCUGGGGAUGGAGCACUUCUCACUCAGCCUGGGAAGCAAAAGGAACCUGCUGGAGACCUGCACCGGGGUGCAAGCAAUCCAAGCACUGUGCAAAGAGAGGAGGAGCAGCAGCAGGCUGUAAGUGAAGGUGCUCAAGAGGAAGAGGAAGGUGGCUCUGAGCUCUCUGCCAGGAGUGUGUCAGCUCAGGCAGGCUCAGAGGGAAGUGGUGAGAGCUUUGCUGGUGGCAGUGAUGGAGAAGGCCUGGAAGAGGCAGAGGAGCUCAGCAGCCCCAGGAGGGUUUUAUCUGAUCCUGUUGUUCCAAACUUCUUCCUCCCUCCCCAGGAGAUGGAAGCCUCCAUGAGGCUGCUCAGCAUUUCCUCUCAGCCUCCUCCAGCUCCCAAAGGCAGGCGUGGGGCAGUGCCCAGGGGCAUCCCUUACCGCCGGCCCCAGCAGCCCAGGCCUGCAGCUGAGCUGUCUGCAGAGGAGGCCCAGAGGAUAGAGAGGAUCUUCUCUGCACCACUCUGCCAGCAGCCCUGAGCUCUACCAACCAGCAGCUGCUGCAUGUCUCAGCCUCUCCUCCUGGGCUCCCAGGAGAGGCACUGCAGGCUUGGUGGCCAACCAGGAGGAGCUGAGAGGCCUCCUGCAGGGGCAGGUCCAUGGUGGGGCUCACCUCUGGGUGGCCAUUGCCUGGUGCUGCAUCUGGGGGCUUCUGGUCCUGAGAAACUUCUCUGCUGGACCCUUCUUGGAGGAGGAGAAAGCAGCUCAGGCUGGGACAGCUUUUGGGCCUCAGCCAGAGCAGGGAGAACAUCAGGACCUGGUCAGCUGAGGAACUCCAGAGCUUGGUCAGCUGCAGAACAUCAGGACUUGGUCAGCUGAGGAACUCCAGAGCUUGGUCAGCUGCAGAACCUCAAUCCAGGUCACUUGAAGAACAUCAGGACCUGGUCAGCUGCAGAACCUCAAACCAGGUCACCUGAAGAACAUCAGGACCUGGUCAGCUGCAGAACCUCAAACCAGGUCACUUGAAGAACAUCAGGACCUGGUCAGCUGCAGAACCUCAAACCAGGUCAC